AUGAGAAGGAAGUAUCAAGUCUCAACGAGAGUAAAGCGUGCUCAACUUCAGGCGGUUAGAAGAGACUUUGAAAUUCUCCAAAUGCAAAAGGGAGAAACGGUGAAUCAUUAUAUUGGCAAGGAUACGAGUCUUGCAAGUAAAAUGAGGAUGCAUGGUGAUUCAAUCACAGAUGUUGCGGUUAUAGAAAAGAUUUUGCGAUCUCUAACUCCAAAGUUCGAUUACAUUGUAUGUUCUAUUGAAGAAGCAAACAAUGUCCAAGAGACGCAAAUAGAUGAACUCCAAAGCUCCCUGCUAGUACAUGAACAGAAGCUCAAUCGUACAAGUGCAAUAGAGGAGAUGACAACCUUAAAGAUAUCCACACCAAGUGAAACUUCAAGCUCCAGAGGUAGAGGGCAAAGAAGAGGCAGAGGUCAUGGAAGAGGCGGUCGAGAAAGAAGUGGAGAUGUUGGCAGGUCAGCAGAUCUAGUCAGAGACGAUUAUGACAAUAAAGGCAAGAGACAUUUUGACAAGUCUAAGGUGGAAUGCUACAAAUGUUGA